CUCAUACUCUGCUUCCCGAUUUUAUUUCUCUAUAUUUUUAUUCUAGAUAAAAUAGUGUAUGUUCCUGUUUAGUGAUGCCGUCAUCGUCGUCAAUCUGGAUCCUAGCUCGUUGCUGUUGAUGAUGGUAAGCUAAACUGUUAUCCUUGAUGCUGGAGAAGGACAUCGGAGUUGAUAUUAUGGUUCUGAUGCAAUUCGUCCCUGUCCCGGAUCACCGUUGUCUUCCGUUCUGCUCCUGCUUCUAGUUGCGGCAGUACUGAUGUAGUUGCCGCUCUAUCGUUCUGUUUUUUCAUAACUGUAGUGAAUUCCUAACUAAAAUCCUUAUUGUUAUUGUUGUUAUAUGCUUGUUGAGGGUUUUGGGUAUUCACGUUUCAGGGUUGAACCAAUGUAACUAUAGAGCCGUGUUUGAUGGUGUUGUUGCAAAGAGUUUUCAGUGUAACUAAUACUACUGCCGUUGUUUCAUUCUCUUAGUACAGGUCGAGUUCUGUUGUGAAUUGUGCUUUUUGGGCUAUACGGCUGUGGGAAAUAGUCGGAGUCAAUGCCGUUUGAUUUCGAAAUGAGGAAAAAGGAAUUCUUCGACGCGUUUGGUUAGUGGUUUCGCGAGUUUCGAAAGCACAAGAUAGACAAUGGACGCCAUUGAUUCAGUGUUCGAACCUCUCAAAGGGUUCUCCAAGGACAACGUAAGGCUCAUCAAGCGUUGCCAUAAACCCGAUGACAAAGAAUAUUACAAGGUUACUGUUAAUACUGCAAUCGGAAUUAUGGUUAUGGGAUUCGUUGGCUUCUUCGUCAAGCUCAUCUUCAUUCCCAUUAACAACAUCAUCGUCGGAUUUGGUUAGGAUGAUGAGAGCCACAAUCACACAUAGAGAAUUUUAAAACAAAUGGUAGCAGGAAUUCUUCCCACAUCAACUUUUUGUUAAUCAUAGUUUUUACAUCCUUCAUAUCUUUGGGAACAUUAUAAUUUUAAUUUAAAUUUAACAUUUUUUUUACAUGUGUUAUAGUUGGCACCGUUUAAUUUAGCACUGA